AUCAGUUUUCACCCUGAAUUCUGGAAUGCAGAAGUGCUGUUGAAAGAAAUGGAAAUGGAUAAAGAAGCACGCAAGGAAACUAUCAAGGAGUUGCUGAAAAAGGGUGAUCACAUUUGUAGUGAAAGGUUGAAUGGCCUGUUCUAUCAUCAUGGCAUAUAUGUUGGGCACGGUAGGGUUAUUCACCUGAGUGGACCUAUAAGAGGAACGGGGAAAUUCAGAAGCUCAUCAUCAUUUGUAUCGACACCUCGGUGGCCAUGUUCUCAGAAAGCUUGUCAAGGCAUUUUCUGCGGUGGAAUUGUGAUUACAUGUGUGGAUUGCUUCCUUGAUGGGCACUCACUUUAUGUUAUUGACUAUGAAUGCAGUAAAGUCAGUAGUUUUCUAGAGAAGCAUGAUAUUUCUGUAAAGUCACCGGAUGAAGUUGUCGAUCUGGCCUAUGCCGAAUUUUAUAGGAAGAUUAAUUCUGAUGGGUACCAUCUUCUGAAUAGAAACUGUGAGCAUUUUGCUACUUACUGCAAGACAGGCGAGUCAUUUAGUAUGCAGUCUUUAUGGUUGAAGGCGGAGGGACUAGCCAGUCGCCUUUUUUUCCUCCUUCUGGGUACUAUUAGAGGAUAAGGAUACAAAUCAUCCUCUUGUGUUUGUGGUCCAAGAGACGAAUCCUCAGUUUAUGGCUGAGUUUUCAGUCAUUGUGGUUGAUGGCAAAGAAAAAAAUUAACUACCUUUUUCUUUGCAUUUCCGUUUUUGUUAAUGAACUUGUGAUAUGGGAAGAUUGUAAGAAAUGCGGGGAAUCUGAAAAA